AUGCAAAACCGAAUUACAAAUGCCAAUCAAAACUAUAAAAUAUUCGCCAGAGUAAGACCAAUUGAUUAUCAACAGAAGAUGGUCGACUUCACUAAUGAGAGCAUUUCAAUUAGAGUAUAGAGUUAUGUUAAUUUAAGGAUCCAACCAAUAAAAAUGCAGAAAGCAAGAUUGUUUCUUUUUUCUUCAGUUUGCACUACUCAAGAACAUGCCUUCAAAAAACUAAUCGAAGGCCACAAUUCUUGCGUUCUGAGUUAUGGACAAACUGGAAGUGGGAAGAGUUACACAUUAUUCGGCUAAGAAGGUGAAGAAAGCAAGCCAGACAAGAAGGGGAUUGUAACAAGAGCUAUGGAAUACCUCCUCUCCAAAUCUUAAGAAUUCGAAGAGAUUCGAGAAUUUGUAAUAACUGUUAGCAUGGCUGAAUUGUUCUUGGAUCAAGUGAGGGAUUUGGGCAAAGCCUAUCAAUCCCGUUAAUCUGGGAAUACGAAUCAAAUACUGUAGAAUUACGAGAAUGAAAAUCUCACCAUAUACGAAAACACAAAUGGGUAGAUAAUGAUUAAGGAUCUCACAUAAAUACCCAUAAGAUCAGCGUAGGAAUUGACCGAUAUGAUAUAGAUGGGUUUUCAAUUAAGAGAGAAACUGGAAUAGCAAAGUAAAUAAUUCGGCCAGAAAUGUCACUCCAUCAUUACCUUGAAUCUGGUUUAAAAAGACAAAGAAAAUGAGAACUUACCAUUUAUGAAUGCAUUCAUAUAAUUUGUCGAUUUGGCAGGAUCCGAAAGAAUAGCCAAGAGUUUAACCUAAGAAGGAUAGUUCUAGGAAGCCAUUUUAAUUAAUUAAAGUCUGACUGCCUUAUCAAAAUGUUUGACAGCCAUUUCCCAAAUGAAUUCCAAAAAUAUUCCAUACAGAGACUCAAAGCUGACUCGGAUCUUAUAAAAUUGCCUCAAUAGUUAAAGUUAAGGUGGCUUUGAUGAAUGUUUAUCGGCACUUCAAUAUGCGGAAAGGACUAAGGGAGUGACAGCAACUCAACCUAUUGACGACAAUCCUAAUCAGCCAGGGCCUUUUCCUGGGCAGGAUAAAUUGAUUAAGAAAUUGCAAGACGAGAACACUGAAUUGAAAUCCAAGAUAGAUUAUAUGCAGAAGGAACAUAAAUAAAAAAUAUCAGAAAUCUAAACAUUAUUAGGAAUUGAUGUAGAUUUAGAGAAACUCUUUGCUAAAUCGAGUGCUUAAGAAUUAUAGAAAUUCAAAAUUCAGAAGGACGCUAUGCAGAAGGUAGAAACUCUUUAGAAUUAUGUGAAAGAGGCAGACUAUAUGAUUGAUAAGAUGCAGAAGGAGAAAGAAUAAUUGAAAAAGGAAGAGAGUCUUAAAUAAGAAAGACAAUAAUGCAGGAUUAUAGAAUUAGCUGAAGAAAUCAAGAAGUUGAAGGAAUAGCAGGCAGAAAAGAAAUAGCAACUCGAAUAAAUUGAAUAAGAAAAAAACGAUAAGAUCUUAGAUACUGUGAAAAAACAAUUAAAAGAACAUCAGGAUGUGAUUGAGAAGAACGGUCAAUCCAAGACUUCGGAAGUGUAGAAACAUGAAGACAUUAAAAGAAUGGCAAAACUUGAAUUAGAAAAAGAGUAUAAAUAAUAAAUGGAUAAUUUAAAGCAAGAGUAUGCAAAGUUUUUGUAAGAUAGUACAGAAUAAUACGAAAAAUAUUUAUAAAAGAAAAAUGAAGAAAUAGAUCACUUUAUUCACUAAUUCAAAAAGUACUAAGAAAAAAAGAAAAUGUAAAUUAGAGACAUGAAGUCUGAACUAUUUGAGUUAUAUGAUGUUGUUAUGAAAACAUUUAGAGUAAUUGAGAAAAUCGAAAAUGGAGCAUAUAGUUCUGGAAUCAGAUCAUUUAAUAUUCCAGCUAUGGAUAAACCUCAUAUUCCUACUAGAAACAAAUUCAAAAAUCUGUUUAAAUAUCUUGAUUAAAGAAGUCUAAAGAAUACUAAAUAGGAUGGAAUCAAGGAAAAGGUUAUUUUAUAGCCUUUGCAAAAGUCCUAGUUUCUGGAACAUACAGACAUCAAAAUGAAUAUCAUAGACAUGCAAGAGCCAACUUUAAGGUAGUUUGCAAGCAUGAUUAGAGAUGAAUUAGUCUCAGUUCUAGCAAGGGAAAAAGAAUUAUAGAAAAGAGUAAUCUAAUUAGAGACUUUACAAUCAAAUAAUGAUCUGAAUACUUUGGUCAAGGAAAGAGAUGAAUAUAAAUAACUGUACUUACAGGAAGUCAAAAAAAUGAAUUAAUCAAAAAGAAUUAUUUCUGGUAAAACAGAAUCUCAUACAAAUGUUUUGAUAAGACCAUUAACUUAGUAGCAUUCAAGAUACAAGUUAUGAUUUAUGGAAAUUAAUAAAUUUUAAUUACAAUCCUAAAAUUA